UGGUGAGGGUGUAGGUGUCAUAGUGGUUCAUUUAUUGGAUUUUGAUUCAUCUCUUCGGUAUUGAUGCCGCAGCCUUUCGAGUGAUGUCGGGACCUAUACGCUGUAACGAGACUACCAUAUGUCUCUCGGCAUAUCCAGAGCUACAUGAGGACACACCUGUCCUUACUAUUCUUCACCUUGGACUUUCUGCCCCCUUCCUUUCCCUCUCCUCCUUUACUUGACCCUCCUCCCGUUCCGUCUCCGCCUCCGACACCAGAACCUGAUCUAGUCCCGGGGCCCGCACCCUGCCUCGCCUUGUCAUCCCUAUUCACCUUUCGCCUUUCUUCCCUCUUCUGCCGCCUCUCCGCCCUCUCUCGUUUCUCCUCCUCCCGCCGCUCUCUGCACGUCGGGCAAUCCGAUUCGUCUAGCGUGCCUGCGCUGUCGACAAGAUGGGCGCACUGCACCCAGACGCCUUCUUUCUUGUUGCUUUUCCUUUGGGCGUCCGGGCAGCGGUUUAUGACCGUGGUUGUCGUGUUGCAGGUUUCGCAGUGUAGGGCCCUUUUUUUGCACAUUUUUUCUUUUUCUUUUUCUUUUCCGCUGGUGGUCUUGUCUGGGUUGAGGAGUGAGUACCAGUUUGUUGUUUGUUUCUGGUAUGGUCGGUAGGUUGCUAGGAUCGCGGGGGAUAAGAUGUUGGUUCGCUUGAGGUUGGGGACUUGGAAGAGAAUAGGGGCUAAAUAGGGGCUAAAUAGGGGCAGCUGAGUCUUGGACGGCGUCGAGUCCACAGGGUUCUAACUGAUUCACGCCCACACCAACAGACGAAGCAACCUGCAAGUAA